UGAUGGUCUAUAUAAAGAGGAGAGUAGAGUCGACUUAAGCAUUAACAACAAAAGGAAGCAGUCUUAGGUUAUUUAGGUCUAUAACAGCACUGCUAUUAUUUGAAAAUGAAGUGGAUCUUGCUUCUUGCUUUCCUUGCACUUUUGAUUAGUAGCAGCUAUUGUACUCGAACUGGUGAUGAAGAUACAGAUGAUGUUGCUGAAAAUGGUAAAUUUCAAGAAACUGACGAUGAUAUUAAUUCAGAAUUGGCAGUUGAUACAGAACUGACAGAAGCAACAGAUGAUAAAGCUGAACAGCAGCACAUUGGCCUCAAGCUUGGUAAUAAAGGUAUUGUCAUAACACUCACACCAGAUUACAAAAGCAGAAGUGGAGUUGUUUACACUCGUUGGGGAAAGACAACUUGCAGGAAUGGAGUAGAGCUGGUCUAUGCUGGAUAUGCUGGAGGUAGUGACCAUAGUGAGCAUGGAGGAGGAGCAAACCUAUUGUGUAUGCCAACGACUGGUAUAGGACAUCUCAGCACUCAAAACCCUGGACACUAUUCUUAUAUUUAUGGAUCGGAGUACGAAUCACAAAAUAGGAUCUGGGGUAACCACAACUGGAAUGUCCCUUGUGCUGUGUGCUAUGUUCCUGACAAAUCCACUAAGCUGCAGUUGCCUGGUAGGACCACCUGUCCAGACUCAUGGACCCAAGAAUACAAAGGCUACUUGAUGGCAGACCAUCGUGGUCACCGUAGAAAUGCAGUCUUUGAAUGCAUCGAUGAAGCUGGAGAGAGGAUUCCUGGCUCCAAUAGCAAUAAAAAUGGUGCACUGUUGUACUUUGUGACGCCAAGGUGUGAUAGGGGAAUGCCUUGUGAUCCAAGGUGUUAUAAUGCCAAUAUUGCUAUAACCUGCUCCAUCUGCACUCGCUAAGAGUUUCAACUAUGGACUGUGGAAAUUGAACAUCGGACAAUGAAUUUAGGACUUUUUAAAUGUGCUGUGAUUAAUUUUGUUGUAGUUAGUUUUUGUUUUUAGAAAAAAGUUUAGUAGCUCAUUUAAAAUAAUUAAAAUAAAUUAUAUAGUAGCAUGUAUCAGUGUUUUUUGAGGUUGUUUUUUUCUAUAACUUUUUAUGAAACAAGUUCAGGUGCAACUGAUAUGCAUCUGUGACAAAA